AUGCUCGGACUUCGAAGAACUCCAAUUGGGGUCCUGAGGGCCAUCAAACUACCCAUAAAUUCUACCUCUCACAAACCGUCUUGGAAUGCUAUUUUUACUGCAAGAUUAAACUCUACAUCUGCUAAGGCGGAAAGCAAGGCGGUAUUCACCGAAGAGCAGCUGAAAAAUGCACGCGAUGCGAGACUUAAGGCAUUGGAACCAUACCUAUCGAAGUUGCCGGCCAAAAUUAUCCCUUACGCGGAGUUGAUGCGUCUGGACAAACCCGUGGGGACGUGGCUACUGUAUAUCCCUUGCACUUGGUCUAUCACCAUGGCCGCUACGCAAACUCUGGCCCCUGUUUCCACGACAUUAUGGGCAUUGUUCUUGUUUGGAGCGGGAUCUUUAAUCAUGAGAGGAGCUGGAUGCACGAUCAAUGAUCUUCUGGACCGCAAUCUCGACAAUAAAGUGAUCAGAACCGCGGAAAGACCCAUUACAUCUGGAAGAAUCACGCCUGCGAAAGCAGUGGCAUUUCUAGGUGCUCAAACUACUGUGGGUGUAGGGAUUCUGUCUCAAUUGCCCGCCGAGUGCUGGUGGUUGGGGCUUUCGUCCCUACCUUUAGUCUUCGCGUAUCCAUUGUUCAAGAGAUUCACAUACUAUCCACAGAUGGCUUUAAGCGCAUGCUUUACAUGGGGUGCACUUCUUGGAUAUCCCGCGAUGGGAAUCAUAGACUGGUCUGUCAUGCUUCCGCUGUAUACUAGUAGUUUCCUGUGGUGUAUGACCUACGACACCAUUUACGCUCAUCAAGACAAGAAAUUCGACAUCAACGUUGGCAUCAAGUCAACGGCUUUAGCCUGGGGCGAUCGCAGUCGCAAAAUAUGCACAGCAAUGUCAGUAGCGCAAAUCGGCAUGCUGGGAGCAGCAGGUGCAGCCAGUGGACUACUCAUGGGGCCCGGUUUCUUGGCAGGAACGGCGAUCUUUGGCUACCGCUUGCUUUCCAUGGUAAGAAACGUAAAUCUCGACGAUCCCGCAGAUUGCUGGAAACAUUUUACAAGCAACAUCCGUUCCGGACUAUUUCUCAGCGCUGCGUUGUUAUUUGACUACUUCCUCAAAAUCUUCGGGGUGUUGUAA